AUGUCACAUAAACCGACUCCGGCGAGCUUACCUGCUAUCCCGACCCUGACCCCAGAUUCAGAAGCUUUGAAGGCCAAAUAUGCUGAGAUUGCAGCAUUGAAGAAGGCUAUCGAUGAGAAGAAGAUGGCCCAACAUGUAAACAAGCCGAUUCCUGCCUGGGGGUAUGGACAGAUGGGCAAUUCAUUCAGAGGUAGAGGACGUGGACGAGGACGAGGACGAGGAAGGGGAAGAGGUGGAUUUCAAGGACAUUUGCCACACCGUAAUAUGACAUUGGUGUUCAAUGGAACAUCUGAAGAGCCAUCAACUUCUUCCUCCUACCCGACUCCUACAACAGUUUCCGAAACAACAACAACAACAACAACACCACCACCACCAACAAAUGGUGAUAGUACUAACGAUUCUAGCAGCAUGCCUACUUAUAUCUCUUCAGUAACCCAGGGAGGUAUGAGUUUGGUUAAUUCAGAUAUUUAUCAAAGAGAUGUGGAAAUGAGAAGAGUUAGACUACAAAAGACUCAAUUAAUUCAAGAAAAAAUCAAGCAAGAACGACGUAAAAAAGAAAUUGAGAUACGUCUAUCCAAGAACGUCCAUAAGACUGAAGGUAACGACAGAGUAAGUAUUGGAGGAGAUGACUUUGCAGUCACCAAAGGAGGUACAAAGUUGGUGCUCAUCAGCACUCCUUCCACAGAGCGUAUGGAGGCCGUAACAACUUGGAAUGGAAGACUUUACUCCAGAAAUAAAAAUGGCAACUUAAAGUGUAAAAAUAUGAGAGGUAGAAGUUCUCAAGAGAGAUGUCGAUACUUCUCCAAAACAGGUUUAUGUCAGAAAGGCUCUACAUGUCCAUAUGAGCACGAUGUUGAUCAUAUUCGAAUCUGUCGUACUGUGUUAAAGGGCAUGACAUGUCUGAAUAGACUUUGUAUGCUUUCACACAAGGGCACACAAUACAAUACCCCAAUGUGUAAAUACUUCUUGGAAGACAAAUGUUCAAACACAAUGUGUUCGUUUGUUCAUCGGAAACCUGAGGGCUAUGGAGACAAGAAUAAAGACUUUUGGGCAUGUAGACCGUUUGCCAUCAGUGGAGUAUGUGAUAGAGGUAACCGAUGUCCAUUUCUCCAUGUUUAUCAAUGUCCAGAUUUCCAAGAAAAGGGUACAUGUCCACGAGGGAACUCAUGUAGUUUGGAGCAUCCAAUCACUGCUCAAACCCAAUUAAGGAUGCUUAAUGGUCCCAAGAAAACUGAAGAAGAUGAUAUCUUGGUUGAAAGUGAUUCUGAAGAUAACGAUAAACUUGUGAUUAUCAGUAGUUUUACCGUUGAUCCUUCAUUAUUAUUCAAUCAAGGAUCUAAUGACAAGUAUGAAAUAUAUAUUGAUAAUUCAGGAAGUACUCCAAACAACGAUGAUCCAGAACAAAACACUUUCCAACAAGAUAAAGAGUUUAUGAUCAAUCUACAAGAUAGUGAUGAAAGUGAAUAUAGUAGCGAUGAUUUGGGAGAUAAUAAUGACUAUGUUCAAUUUGAAGUGGAGUAGUAAGAAAAA